CGUCACUUACGCCAAAAGCAUGUCCUCUAACAAGCUGUUCGUGUUCGGCCUGGGCUACUCUGCGUCCCGAGCUGCUCGUGCAUUCCACUCCCUCGGCUACUCCGUUUCAGGUACCGUUCGCUCUGUGGAGGCCGCGACGCAAUUGUCGCAAUCGGACCCGGAGUUAUUCCGUUUCGAAGGAUCGGAGACUUUGCCACCAAACGUGUUCCUCUUCGACGGGGACAAAUGGAGCGACAGCAACGCGUUGUCACUCGAAGACGCACUUAAGGGAGUCACUCACGUACUGGUUUCCGUGCCUACGGGGCGUGUUGACGGCCAGGAGGACCCGGUUUUGUCAAUUUUUGGGGAUAGUUUGAUCCGUGCCGUUAAAGACUCGGUACAAUGGGUGGGGUACCUGUCCACCAUCGGGGUGUAUGGAGAGACCAAUGGAGUUGUAGUGGAUGAAUCCGCGCCGGUCGGUUCGAUGGUAAAGCGAUCACAAAUGCGGAUCAAGGCUGAGCGAUUGUGGCUCGAUUCGAGGCUUCCUGCUCAUAUUUUCCGAAUUGCUGGAAUCUAUGGACCCGGUCGAGGAACUAUCACCAAAGUUCGUAGCGGCACAGCGUCGAGGAUCCACAUUCCUGGGAGGAAAUUUAACCGCGUUCAUGUCGACGAUAUUGUCAAUAUUUUAUUGGCAUCUGCAGCUCGUCCGAACCCCGGAGGGAUCUACAACAUGUGCGACGACGAACCAGCACCGGCCGAUGAAGUUACAGCCUAUGCAUGCGAAUUACUGGGCAUUCCGGUGCCUCCAAGUCAGUCAUGGGAAGACGCUGAGAAGAACAUGAGCGCCAUGGCCAAGAGUUUCUACGCGGAGAGCAAGAUCUGUUCCAAUCGCCGGAUCAAAGAGGAACUUGGCGUCAAGUUGAUAUACCCAACGUAUCGUGAAGGUCUUCUAGCGCAGGUGAUUGAGGAGGAACAACUGGCCAAAGGAGAGUCCACCAAGGGCUAUUCUUCUCCCGUUACGGCUACUCAACGUCUGGUGGUGCUUGUGAACAUUGGAUCCUUACGUGCAGAACCGUACCUGGACCUACGUCAGAUCAGCUUUCGACUUAGUCGUGCUCUGGGUCAACCUGUAGUUCCGUGCAGCUUCCGGUUCUCCAACCGUGUGGAACCUCAGGAACUCAAUGGACUCGAAGCCAAGACGUUGGAGAUGGUGUUGACCGAGCAUCUUGCUACACGUGGUGAUUGUGCUAGCGAGGUUAUCGUUCUACCUUUGUUCUUUGGCAAAAGCUCGACGUUGACGGAGUUCUUGCCCAAGACGAUUAACAAGGUGUGGGAAGCCUCACCAAAGUCGGGGUCCCUCGCUGUUCGUGUUGGUGGAUGUCUUGUGGAUCAAGAGAACGCUAACGACACUCGCGUCGCUCAGAUUUUAUUGGAACGUAUCCACCAAGUUGUGGACUUUGAGACUGUGAAUGAAGACGUGACUGUACUUGUGGUAGACCAUGGUACUCCGAGCCGAGACGUGCAUGAAUCGCGCGAGUUUGUAGCGAAAGAACUGCGUGGUCUGUUAAAAACCUACCAGCACGUAAAGGUUGAAACUGCGUGUAUGGAGCGUCGUGAAGGUGCUGAAUACGACUUCAACGAUCCUCUGCUGGCAUUGGCGCUGGACCGCUACAACGUGAAGAAGGGGAUCGUAGUCUGUGCCAAGAUGUUCUUCUCUAACGGCCGCCAUGCUGGCGAGAAGGGAGAUAUCGAAGAGAUCAUUGAUGACGUCCGUGCGAGACACCCAAGUGUGGACGUUCGAGUCACUGAGGCGUUGGGAACGCACGAGUUACUAUCCCAGAUAUUGCAAGACCGCUACCGCACUGCGUUGGCCAAGGAGACCGCGGACUACACUCUUGACACCGAGUAAAUAACUUUGGAAAUAUUGGACUUUUGUGUAGGUUAACCUCUCUUUUAUCGUUUAUUCUUCGGAUGAUGCACGACGUGAA